AUGGCUGGAUGCACGGCUCGGAUAGAGGAGGUUGUGGACGUAUGCAACGCGCACGAGCCUGUUGCCGUGCAUGAUGACAUACUUGCAGUCGGCGAUGAUGGGGUCCACACGCGACGUACAGACCCGCGAAAUCCUGCCCGUGUCACGGCUCUCUUAAAGGCGGUGACUAUUGGUGAUGACCUCACAGCCGCGCAAAAGCAGAAAGUGGUUGACACGAUUGUGGAGCACGCGGACUGCUUUGCGCUGAGCGUCGGCGAAGUGAUAGAAGCAAUCGAUGCUGUGCACGAACUGAACAUCCCUCCAGGAACGAAAUUCAGCACUAAAGUCCCCCAACGCGAGUUCAAUCCACCACGGCGCGCGUACGUGAAUAAGUCGGUGGACGAGCUUCUGGAGGCGGGUAUCAUCGAGGCCGUGGAACCGUCAAAGGUGAAGGCGGUGUCACCGAUCACUCUAGUUCAGAAGGCACACGACGGCAUCGGUAUGUCGCCAGACAAAUUGAAGCGCGCCGUCAACAAGCAAUGUGCGGAUCACGGCAUUGAGCCGUUCUUCGACCUCGAUCCCGAAGCGGAGAUGGAUGACCCUAUGGAGGACGAAUCGCUACCUCAGGAGCAGAAAUGGCGAAUGUGCAUCGACUAUGCGGAGGUCAAUAAGGUCACGGAGGUCCCACCGAUGCCGCAGGGCGACAUACGGGCCAAGCAACAGAGGCUUAGUGGGUUUAGGUACGUCAGCACUUUCGAUUUUGCGUCUGGGUUCUAUGCGGUGAAGGUCCAUGAGAACUCGAGACCAUAUACGUGCUUCUAUGUAGAAGGCCGCGGGUUCUUCUGGUUCAAGCGCAUGCCCUUCGGUCUGACGGGCGCGCCGACAACCUUUGCGAACGUCACGGGAAAGCACAUGCACGACCUCAUUACCGAGGGCGUCAUGGAGCUCUUCGUGGACGACGGUGGCUCAGCUGACGACGAGUUCGACCGUGGGUUGGAUAAAUUGGUCCGAAUUCUUCAGCGCGUGCGGGAGCGUCGGCUAUCCCUGUCGGCGAAGAAAUGUUCGUUCUUCAUGCGCAAUUCUAUGUUUGCGGGUGGCCAGGUUGGCUUUGAUGGCGUGCAACCGGACUUGAAGAAAUUAACAGCCAUCGUCAAAUGGGCUAUCCCGAGAACGGCUGCAGCACUGAGCUCGUUCAUGGGUUUGACAGGUCACUUUCGUGACUUGGUUAAGGACUAUGCACGCGUCGAGGGACCUCUGCGCGAUCUUCUCGCGGAAGUUGAUCUUCCAGUCCCGUGCUCGCGAUCACAGUACAAGAGGAUCAUGGAAGCGCAUGUAUUCGGCGACCGAUGGAAGGAUGUACACACGAAUGCCUUCAUCAAACUCAAGGGCAUCCUGACGUCGGACCCGGUUCUGCGUGCACCGCGAUGGGAUGGUACUCCCUUCAUCGUGACAACGGACGGAUGCAAGGAGGGCUUCGGUGGUGUGUUGACUCAGCGGCACACAACGGUACUUCCAUCGGGAAAAACGGUCACCAAGAUGCACCCAGUCGCGUUCGCAUCGAAGCGCACAUCCAAAACGGAAGCUAAGUACCCACCAUUCCUCUUAGAGCUGGCAGCUCUGAAGUUCUCGUUAGACAAGUUCUCUGACGUGACAUGGGGCUUCCCGAUCGAACUUGAGACGGAUUGCCAAGCUUUGCGCGAUGUGCUGCGUAGCAAGAAGCUCAACGUGCACUAUGCACGAUGGCGCGACGGGGUCCUUGCACACCAGAUUGUGGACGUGCGGCAUAUCCCGGGCAAGAUCAAUCUCGUUGCGGAUGCGAUGAGUCGACAGUUCGAGGGCCUACCGCGUGUAGAUGGCGACGGCAGCGAGUGGACGGUUAGCGAAGAUUGGGAGGCCACUUCCGGGCUAGUCAAUGACAUACUUCUUGUCUCGACACCGCCCCAAGACAGGCCGGUACGAGAACCUGCACUGCGUGAGCGUUUCAAGAAUGAACCUAUCUUCUUGGACGUGAUAGACGCACUGAUGAUGCAACAGCAGGUGUCAUCAGCGUCGUUGAGGGACAAGGAACGCGCACGGCACCGUGCAUCGGAGUACAUGAUCGAGAACGGAAAGUUGUGGCACGUCAAGAGUGGUCACGCAGUUCGCGGUGCCGCCCGCGUUGAAUGCGUACCAGCCGCGGAAGCUCGAGAGCUUGCGGCGGCGCAACACGCAGACGGCGGACAUUGGGGUCGUGACGCGAUCAAGACGGCACUCAUAGAGCGCAUUCACUGCCCCCGUCUCGACGCGCUCAUCAUGGAUGCGAUUCGAAGCUGUCCCGAAUGCAAGGCCUUCGGCGCCCCGAAACUGCACGCGCUCAUGGAUCCUAUCACACGGCGGCAUCCCUUCGAACUCCUUGUAGGCGACUAUGUUUCGUUGUCGACGGGCAAAGGUGGCUUCAAGACUCUCGGAGUCUACGUCGAUGCCUUUGCGCAGUUUGUGUACGUCGAUAAGUUCAAAGUCGCUGGCAGCGCAGCGACUACGAAUAAGUCGCUACAGCGCAUCUUCGACGCGUACACUGCAUACGAAACGUUUAUGUCCGAUGGGGGUCGCCACUUUGACAACGAAGCUGUUGACAAAUUCUGCGAGGAACGUGGAUGCAAGCAUCACACGGUGGCCGCAUACUCGCCCUGGGUCAAUGGUCUGUGCGAAGGCGUUAACGGUCUGUUACUGCAUGUACUCCGACACCUAUGUGCUCCGGCGAUCGGCGAAGACGACUAUGUCGAAGGCUCGUGGAAGAACCUGCCGACCACAUGGCCGGACCACCUCGACGAGGCAGUUGCCAUCCUUAACAACCGCAUCCUUCCCCGCAUACGGUUCACACCGAAAGAGCUCUUACUGGGUAUCGUGGUCAACACUCCACGCACGCCCAUCUCGCAAAGUGCGGAAGAGCCGACGCCCGACGAAGUCCAGACGCAGCGCGACUACGAAGGCCAGCAGAACUUGGACGCGCGCGAUCAGACAGUGCGCAGCGCCACCGCACGCAAGGUCGCCUUCGAUCGCAAAGUGAUGCGACAAGGGGGCGAGGUUGUAUUCAAGCCGGGCCAGUUGGUGCAGUACAGACGCAGCGAGCUCGAGUACACGCUCUCCACAAAGCGCAAGCUCCUCGCAUUCUGGUCGGAGCCAUACCGCAUCCGCGAACGCAUUCGCAAUUCCUACGUGCUCGAGAACAGAAAAGGCGCCCGGAUCAAAGGCUUCUUCCACGCGCGCCGUCUUCGAGCGUUCACACCGCGGACGGGGACUACAUUGGAGGUCGAGCAAAAGGAGUACAUGGAACGGCUAGCAAAAGGGGAGAUAAAGAGGCCGGAGCUACCAGAUGUGGAGGAGGGUGCAGAAGAGGAAGUAUUGGAUGAUGACGAGGACAAGGGUGUGUCGACGGACGAUAACGACGACGAGUACGAGGAGGCGGCAAGUACACCCGAACCGACUGCGUGCCUGGCUUCUCCACCGGAUACCGUUGAGCUCCCUGCGGCGACGUUCCUUUGGCUCACCGCCGGCAAUGCCGAGUUCCUCAGUGGUCGUUAUGUGCAGGCCGACUGGGAUCUCAACGAGGUCUUGUCCAAGAAGGACGAGAUAGUGCGCGAUAACUUACUAGUCACGAAAUUGGCUGGCCCAAAGAAGUCCGCUUGA